AUGAUGCCUUGCCUUCAAAAUCAGAUGUUCUUUGACCGGCAAGCUCAGGAUACAUCGGGUAGGGCUGCCCGCGGAUUGAUGAAGGUCCGACUCAACGCUAGCGGUCUGAGCGAUGUUCGUCGGAUGCAGCGCCGGAUACCCAGGGUGUAUAUUCUUGCUGACAACGACUUGGACGAACACUUUCGAGGCCACGGGUCUGCCGCACACUCGCACAUAGACCGCUGCCGCUCCAGGGUUGACUGGAUACUUUUUGGGAAGGUAGCUGGGUCCGGCGGUUGGUGUCCAGGGAACUGGAAACCCACCCAGCGGCCGACAGGUCCUUGA